AUGCCGGCAAUGGGGUUAAAGUCGGUUCAAUUCUUAAUUCUUCAUUUGACCUCCCUAAGAGGUCAUAGAGCAGUAGAGAUCAUAGAGUUUUUUUUAUCCGCACCUAUCGUAAAUUCAUCGCAUCGUCAAAGUUUCACUUCAAUCGAUCAAAUUACCUUAGCUAUUCAGAGUCGACCGUCAAUUGUGCAUGCUAAGCCAUCACAAUCACGAAAUUUUCCAUUUGUACAAAGAAGUGGAGAUGGUAUUGUCAUGCCAGCUUGUUAUAGUGGGCAAUUUCAGCAAAUUACGCCAAUAGCAGCAGCAGCAGCAACAACGAGUGGUUCAAUUAGAGGAAAUGUGGCGAUGAGUGGAUAUAAUUAUUAUUCGAUGCCAGCUUAUUAUACAACAUCAGUUACACAGACUACGCCAGCAGCAACAACGAGUGGUUCAAUUGAGGAAAUGCGGCGAUGA